AUGGCAAGCAAGCAUCAUCCGCAUCUCGUGCGUCUGUUGGGCUACUGCAUCGACUUUGACCCGUCCAUACGAACCAUGGAGCAGAUUCUUGUCUAUGAGCUCAUGCCCAACGGCGACCUUGCCAGCUGGAUCGGUCUCGGCAUCUCCAAUCCUCUUUCGCUGCGCCAAAGGCUGGACAUUCUGAUUGGAGUGGCCAAGGGGUUGCAGUACCUUCAUGACUUCAACAUUGUCCAUCGCGACAUCAAGCCGGCCAACAUUCUCCUUGAUGGAAAAAUGCAGGCAAAGGUUGCAGACUUUGGGCUCGUGAAGCUGUGUGGAAGCACAUCCAUGUGCUCAUCCUUGCCUUCCACUCGCGUGGUGGGAACGCUGGGCUAUGUGGACCCUGAAUACUACAAUUCUCAGAAGGCCUCUCCAGCCGCAGAUGUGUACAGGCGAGUACAUUGGCAUAACACAGUCCAUGGAUGGCAUUAA